CACGUUGUUGCAAAUAUGGAGAAUUGUUACCAAACCUUUCCAAUUGAAUCUUCUUCUUUCAUAGUUCCAUGGCCGAUUGAGCCUCCUUUCUCGGCUUCAAGCUCGGCCCAGUGCCACGGUUUCCCUUCGUCGGCGACGCCCGAUGCUACGACCGUUUCCAAGAGCCAUAGCGAAGCCGAGAAGCGGCGGAGGGAUCGGAUUAAUGCACAGCUUGCAGCUCUGAGGAAACUGAUCCCCAAGUCUAACAAGAUGGACAAGGCAGCGUUAUUAGGAAGUGCAAUAGAGCAAGUGAAGGAUCUAAAGCGAAAAGCAGCCGAAAUCAACAAAGUCUUCAUUCUACCGACCGAAACCGAUGAAGUAACCGUCGAUUGCGGCAUUCCCGAAGACAAGAUGUUAAUGAGGGUGUCGGUUUGUUGCGAUGAUCGGCCGGAAGUGUUUGCGGAGCUCAUCCAAGUGCUCAGAGGGCAGAGGCUAAGCAUUGUUAAUGCUGAGAUUUCAAGUGUAGGUGGAAGAAUCAAAAGCGAUUUGAUCGUUUGUGAUAAUAACAGUGAUAAAGAGGGUGCUUCGGAUUCGGCUUCGAUGACAACUUUAAAACACUCCUUGAAUGUGGCUGUAAACAGGAUUAAUGCUUUAUCAUCGGAUGCAUCCACAUCCAGAAGCAAACGACUAAGGUUGUUCUUGCCUCCACACUUUUCUCAAUGAACAAAUUAUACAUAUACACAACCAUGGUAAUUUGUCUUCAACCCGAGGUUUUCAAUUCGAUCUGAUUUUUUAGAGUUGGUUUUUUUUUUUAAAUAAAAACUGAUUCGAGUUGGUGAGGUGCUGUAAAGGGUAAUAUUGGGUC